CUGAGUUUAUUCGCAAGAGGGUAACAUCCAAUGUGGUAGUAAACUUGCUAUUAAAGUGAACAAGACGCAGUUGUUUCGGGCUGCGGUGGAGUGAGAAGGUUGUUACCAAAACCUUCGUAUUUUAUAUAGAUAUAUAUAACAGUAGAGAGAUUCAAAGAGAGUACCCCGCGAGGAAUGGAAUGAAAUGGAAGGACCGCAUUGGAACAAGUGGUGGAGGCGUUGGAGGAGUCAGACUUGCGUCCUCCGAUGCUAGAACGUCAGUUGGUUCAUGGUUUUCGGACACUACGGACCGAGACGACAGAAAUUCAAUAUCAUUGAAAAUUUUCAACAUAUCCUGUAACAUAUCAGCUGACUAAAAGCUUUCAAAUAAAUAUCUAAUUUUAAUUGCAUUAUUUACUCCGAGAAAAUGAAAAUAAUAUCAUUAUUCAGUAGUUUUAUUUUGUAUUCAUAUCUAACGUGUACUGUUAAAAGCCAGAGAUUAUCAGAUUAUCUAUUAGAGCCACAUACAACAACAGUAAGCCAUGUUCCGUAUAGAGAUAGGCGUAAUAAAGCUGAGCCCACGUGUGAGGAAUUACGUGCGAUGUGGAGAUACAGUAAAAGACAAAGUCGUGCCGUCGAAGUAACUAAUGAUUUGCCCAUGUAUCGUGAUCCAUUUUCAUACAACGUUUGGGAAACUUAUCCAGUACGUUCUCAAUCUUCAAUUGGUUACAGAGAAAUAUUAAAAUAUCCAGAUGAACGCGAUGAACAAGCGCGUAACCGUGGCGGUGGACGUACUCCAGUUUAUGGAAAAAUGGUCCACAAAGCACCAGCAGAAAGUAGAUUCCGGAAUGGGAUGCCGAAUAAUCGCAUGAAAGCUUUUGAAGAAGUUGCCAGAAUGUAUGGAACAGUUAAUCGUCAACCCCCGGAUUUACGGAGACCGCAAUAUAAUUUUCGCGUCGGCGGUGGUGGCUCGUCAAUAUCUCAUGUUCCACAAGCUGGCAGUUUUCAACAUCUCAAAGAGCUAAUACGAACUGAACGUGCUCGUGAAUUACAGGAUCAACGCGCAGCCGAAGAAUUAGCCGCGAGGGCUUCCUCAACAAAUAAUGAUAUUUUUAAAAAUGAACAACGUAAUAAAUUAACAGAUUCCCAGAUACAAUAUUUAAAUUCUAUUAAAUCAUAUCAAGAACCAAAAAAUUAUAAUUAUGAUAGAUCGAAAUAUCUUUCGAGUUUAACUGAUUACAAUGACGCUCCAUUGAUUAACGAUGAUUAUAAUCGUAAUUCAAUGUUACAUUAAUCAAUAUUACAAAUUACACAACAAAAGUGUAAUUAACUGCCCAACAUGAUUAUUAAAUAUUUUAAAACGGAUGACAAUAAUUUAUUUAAUGAAUAUCAUCAGGUAGGUACAUUUUGGGUUAUUCAUAUUUUAACCCACCGAAUAUCAAUAUUGACAUAGUGUAUAUAUAUAUAUAUAUAUAUACAUUUACACAUAAGAAUUGAUUUAUACUCAAUAGAAAUAUUAUGGGCUCAUAAGUACACUUGAGCACUA